AUGUACGAGCUGAAGGUGAUAGACCACCCCGCUGUGCGGAUGCCAGAGACGAAGCCGCAGAAUCAGAACAUCUGCCGCUUGGGUUUCUCCCUGCCGCUCACGUCGCUCUUCCUCGGCGACACAGCGGACGGCUGGGGUUACGGCGGGACAGGCAAGAAGUCGCACAACAACAAUUUUUCCGACUAUGGUGGUCCUUUUCGAGUUGGAGACGUCAUCGGCGCAAUAGUAGACUGCGAUCAGGGCACGAUAUCGUUCAUGAAGAACGGGCAGUUCAUGGGAGUUGCGUUCGAUAACGUCCCGCCCACCGUUAUGCAGACAGGCAUUUUUCCCCACAUACUGAUGAAGAACGUGAGAGUGAAG